GCUUGACCACGAUGAACAAAUCCCGCCGCUCGCGCUCCUCCUCCAUCGCAAAGUCGUCCAAUAUCACUAACAAUGUCGCUGUCCAUAAUAAACCAAGGUCGCAACGAUCUCUUCCCCCUGUCCAACCCUUCAAUCACAGUCCACAACCCGCAUCAUCAGUCGUGACCUCCAAACCCUCGCCUGCGGUGGGCAUGUCACCCGCAUUAAGAUAUCAACAGAAUCUCAAGGUCCUUCGUCGUCACGAUCCAUCCAUUGUCUCUAUCUUUGAUCAAUUCAGUCAUGUAUGCUUGUAUCAUCACAAUGGCACAAAGUGGGAGAAAAAAGGCUAUGAGGGUAGUAUGUUCCUCUUUGAACGAAAUGCCUACCCACCCUAUGGCUUCUAUAUCCUAAAUCGUAUGGGCAUGGAAGACUAUGUUCAUCUUAUGUAUCCGGAGGACGAUGUUGAAACACACAGUGAAUACCUUAUGUAUCGCUCCUAUCCCGAUUUCACUACCAAGCGUCAAGCUAUGGCGCGUCCCCACCCUGCCUCUCUUCCAUCAUCGAACAGCUCCCCAGAAAUUGCUGCACCAUCUACGAGUUCAAUGACCGCACGACCUACUAGCACACCCUCAGACUAUGCAGAUGCACAUGGCCGCGAGCCUUCUCCCACCGAUAUACUCACAAAUUGGCAAGUCCUCCUGGCUAAAAAUCCUGAUAAGGGCCGAACGGAAACCGUUGGGCUAUGGAUGUUUGUGACCGGCUCACGCGAACCGAUGAAGGAAGUCAUGAAGCGAUUGCAUCUGUACAUCCGCAAGAUGGACUCAUACCCGGAGGAAUUUAGGUACGGGCCUGAUCGGCCACCACCGCCCGAUUCUAGGUCAAAUGGCGGCUCCUCAACCACCUCGGGAACGGGCAGCGAACGCGCAAAAUUUUCAUCUUCCGCUUUCGCCACCUCAACUCAGCCUCUUACAGCCCCUAUUGGCGAACCUAGCGCGAACGGGCCCGCCUUUGGCAACAACAUGUCAGAGGUUGAUAAGCUGUUUUCCAAACUGGUCCCUUCCUCCGCAUCGAUAUCCUCUUCCCUUACCCCCACCACUCCCGCACCAUCUGGUAAAGUGACACUCUCUGAUCUUUUUGCAUCUGCUUCUCCACUUCCCACACCCGCAACACAGUCUUCGAACACAUCGCCCCCUCCAUCCAUCUCCACAUCGUCCACGAAAGGACUUGCCCUUCUGGACUCUAUAUUUGCCUCCGCAUCCCAGCAACCUGUCCACGACUCUUCAGCAUCCCCCUUCCCCGCUCCUCCUUCGGCACCUCCCUCGACCAAACUAUCUUACGCGGAAGCACAAUUUCAAUCACACUACCCUCCCGAGUCUUCUCGUGGUCAAUCCCUGCCUGCGCAGUACGAAAUCCACUCACCCAAGCCGACGAGUAGUGCCUUACCCCAGAUUCUCACUCAAGACGUUAUCUCCUCCCUCCUCGGCCUCCCCAUGCAGCAAUCCCCUACUUCUCGCACAUCAUCUGCCACUUCUUCCCGUCACUCUGGUUCCCAAAAUCGCUAUGAAGGUGAUAUAGAGAGCAGUGACGACGUACAAUCCAAUGCGUCUGGUGCGGAAUACUCCGAGUCCAGUACCGUGUUCAAUAGUGAAGAUGGCCGACCUUCCCUCUCACUUCCCAAUGGACAUCACAAUGAGUCCGGGCAUGUCCUUGGAGACGUUACUCCGCGCCCCAAUCUCAUCCGCAUAGGCGGUGGUGACGCGACGCCUCUUGCCGAACGAGCGGCAUCGCCGCGCUCGGGUCAAUUUUCCCCGCCUUCUUCCAUUGCAGCUUCAAGCUCUAACUCGACAGUUGUGGGCGUCUCUGCCCGCCCCCCUACCUCUUCGUCCAGCAACCCCUCCGUCUCAAACAUGAAUGCGAACGUCAAUGGCAAUGGCAAUGGUGCCAAACCUACUCCGCAUCCACUCAUUCCCUUCCAGUCUGACUCCGCUUUGUGGCCUUAUACUCGUGCACCGCUCGACGAUCGGGAAGGCUCAGAUGACGGGGACGUCGUGGAGCUCGAUUUCGCGGAUACAAGCGCUCUGAGCGAUAUGGAUGUAUUUGAUCGGCGCCAGAAGGAAAGGGGAGCCAAUGGAAGAGGAAAGGGAAAGCGAAAGGGCAGGAAAGAGCGGGAACGUGACAACGAGCGAGAGCGGGCUGAGAUUGAAAGGAGCUGGGACGUUCCAGGGGGGGUCAAUACCACGCCCGUUCCUCUUCCUACGCCUGAAUUCGUACCCGAGAGCCGUGCGAACGGAGUGAAGGAGAACGGUAAGGGCAAGGGCAAAGAAAGGACGGCUGUGAACGGCACCAGUGUGUCUGUGAACGGAACAGUUGAUCAUGACACCGCGAGAGAGGCGAUCCUAACUGCGGUCAAUGGCAAAGCAGUUCAGACUGAGCUGGGGAAGGUGAACUUUGUGCGGGAAAUCUUGACCAUGAUUCAUACGGACACAGUGUUCGUAGAUUCUCUCUGGACAGAAUAUCUCCGUAGGACAUCGUGAAGAUAUCCGAUUGAUUGGUGCAUUGCGAGCAAUCUGAGCUCUUCGUGGCUAGUUAUAUUUGUCCUCGCCAAUGUGAGGCCCCACGCGAUCAUUUCUAGUCCAGCCAAUAAAGUCAGGUUGUUCUGCAUCAUUGGUGUGUCUGUCGGACCAAUUCGAGCAAAAUCUCCUUAGCAAGUGUGCUCAGUGCGAAUGUACCAUGCGAAAUGAUACCUGAGUGAACCGCCGUCAAGUCGAGUCCAAAAGUAGUAUCCUGUGACAAUGUCGACAUAUAUCUUCUAACUGUGCUCUUCCAUUGCCUUUGCUCUCUC